AAAGAAGUGCUGUGUUGCACAGAUAGGGUUCGAUGUAUGCGAUACUCCACAUGUCUUGUCUGUUCAGGCUGACACUCGGCGGUCGACGAAUUCAGCACAGUGGCGGGAGGAGUACCAAAUGGCUGGUCGACGUUUAGGUUUGAGUUAAACAAUCAUUAUAUCGGUAAAUGUGAACUUCUAUAACACUGCUGUGUUGCAGUGUUGUCUUUGUACAACGGAAGCGGAUAUGAUAUCUCUGAUGCAUCGCAGAAAGGAGAAGAAGAUGCAAUGAAAACCAGAAAACAGACGUUACAAGAAAUAAGGAGCAGCCGUCCAGCAACAAGGAGUCAAGGUCUUGUGGAGGCUGUCUCAUCCGGCAUAAAAGCACCAGCCAGGCGACGGGUCAGUCAUGCAGGCACAACAAGCCAAUCAGCAAAAACGCCCAAUGGCUCCAAAGGACAGACGAGGAAAAGGACCAGAAAAACAAAGAGCGGACGGGAGGAACCGGGCAUCAUGCGUGACCUGCGUGCCGCCCUGCGGUGGAUGCGGAGCAACAACCAGCGGUUCCGUGGCCAGGUGACGGAGCCGAGCGUUCUCCAGAUGGUGGAGGAGGACCAGCAGGAGGCUCUGAAGACUGCCCUGGAGUCCGACUACCCCGAAGCCAAGGACCCCUUCCUGUUCAUCUUCCAGUUCCGCGAGGACAUGGACGCGUUUGUGGACGCCUGCGCCGACGACCAGGGCCUGCAGAUCAGCUGCAUGUUCCUGGAGACCGUCUCCUGAUUGUGUGCGUGUGUGCGUGUGUGCGUGUGCGUGUGUGCG